AUGAUAAAUAAUAAUAGAAGAGGGGGAGAAGAGAGGGGGAAGAAGAGGGGAAGAGAGAGGGGGAGAAGAGAGGGGAAGAAGAGGGGGAGAGAGAGGGGGAAGAGAGAGGGGGAGAAGAGAGGGGAAGAAGAGGGAAGAGAGAGGGGGAGAAGAAGGGGAAGAGGGGGGGUAAGAGAGAGGGGGAAGAGAGAGGGGAAGAAGAGGGGAGAGGGGGGUAGAAGGGGAAGAGAGGGAGAAGAGUGGGGGAGAAAAAGGGGAGAAGAGGGGGUAGAAGAAGUUGAGGGUAGAAAAGAGAGGGGAGUUGGGGGUAGAAGAGGAAGGGAGAGGGUAGUGAGGGGUAGAAGUGGAGGAAGAGAGAGGGGAGUUGAGGGGUAG